AUGUACUAUAAAGUGUUAGUGUUUUGGUGUUUAUUUAUUUUUGGAUGCGUUUACUGUCAAGUCCUUCAGCAGCGAGAUCUGGUAAAGAAGCUGGUUUGUAUAGAACACGAGGAAUGUGGUUCCUGUCUGUCUGCUGCUUCUCACUGUCGCUGGUGUGCAGAUCCCUAUUACCCUUCGGCUGCUCCACGGUGUAAUGAUGACCAAAGUUUAGUUGCGUUUGGUUGUGGACAAGGCAUGAUAGAACGACCAGAUAAACCUGUAUGGGAAGUGAUGGAAAACAAUAGUCUCCAGGACAUGUUACCAGAUGGCCUGGCGGCUGUUCAGAUACAACCGCAGAGGAUAAAGUUGUCUUUAAAAGCACGUGAAACGAAAAAAAUAAAAUUCCAGUACAGGCCGGCCAAAAAUUAUCCUCUCGAUUUGUACUACUUGAUGGAUCUAACGUGGUCAAUGAAAGACGAUAAGAAAACCCUCGUGUCACUUAGAGACGAUUUGCCGGAAAUGCUGAAGAAUUUAACUGAUAAUUUUCGGUUAGGUUUCGGCAGCUUUGCCGAGAAGCCAAUUAUGCCAUUUAUAAGCGUGGAUCCAGGGCGUCGGGCCAAUCCUUGUUCAGUAGAAGAAGAGGAUUGUGAAGCAACAUACAGUUAUAAGCAUCACCUCUCUCUUACAAAUCAGGUGAACGAUUUUAUAGAAAGCGUGAAUAGCAGUUCCGUCACAGCGAAUUUGGACAACGCGGAAGCCCAGCUAGACGCGCUGGUGCAAGCUAUAACUUGUGGCAACCGGAUAGGCUGGGGAACGCAUAGUCGGAAAAUUAUCAUACUAUUGUCUGACGGCUUGCUUCAUACAGCUGGCGAUGGGAAAUUAGGUGGCGCAUCCUUGAAGAACGAUGAGACAUGUCAUUUAGAUGAAAACGGGUACUAUUCAGAAGCCGCCAAAUACGAUUAUCCCUCCAUAGCGCAGGUUUAUCGGCUCUUAGAUAAGUACAAGGUAAACGUGAUCUUCGCAGUCACAGAAAGCGUAAAAGACCACUACGACAGCCUCCACCAACUGCUCAGCGACUUCACAUACAUAGCCAAGCUGGAAAGCGACAGUUCGAACAUUCUGAAACUUGUGAAGAUGGGUUACGAAGACAUUGUCAGCGUCGUCAACUUCGAAGACGACGCGAGCGCAGGUGCUGUGAAGGUUAAGUACUUCACAGAUUGCGGAGUGAAAGGUGGUUCGUUGAUCGAGACCCAUCGAUGUACUGGCGUCGAGUAUGGCAUGACGCUUAAUUACGAGGCCCAUGUCACAUUGGAAUCUUGUCCCGAGUUCAAAAAGAUGCAACAAACCAUCACAAUAUCCGAAAGCCAGCUCGGCCAGGACUCUCUGACUUUAGAAAUAUAUAUACAGUGUGGGUGCGCCUGCGCAAGUGAUAACAUAAAGGAUAUGUCCCUUACGUGUCCUUUACAUUCACAUCUGGUGUGUGGAGUGUGCCAGUGUAAUAAGGGAUGGUCCGGUCCAAAGUGUGACUGCUCCAUUGAAGACGAAGCAGCAUCCGCGGCACUCCUCUCUCAAUGCCGUGAACCGAACUCCACUCGCCUGAUGACCUGUUCUGGAGCCGGUGACUGUCUUUGUGGGAAAUGUGAAUGCGAUAGGGGCUUUAGUGGGAAGUACUGUCAGUGUAAAGACUGCGAAAUUAGUAGAUUAAAUGGCAUGGAGUGUGGAGGCGUCGGUCACGGUGCGUGUGUGUGCGGCCUAUGUGCUUGCGAGGCUGGUUGGAGUGGAGAAGCCUGCGAUUGUACAGAUAAUGUCGAUAAUUGUAUUCCACCUGGAGAUGAAGCGGUUUGUUCGGGACAUGGCGAUUGUGUUUGUGGUAUGUGUGAAUGUGCUUCAACAACAGACGGUAUGAAAUAUUCAGGAAUGUUUUGUGAAACGUGCGCCACUUGUGAGAAUCCACUCUGUGCUAACGCUGAACCCUGCGUCCUCUGUCACUUGAACAAUAAUUGCACAGAGACGUGCAGUAUUGGUGGUCUUAAUUACACUGUCAGCGAACGGUUACAAGAGAACCCAAACGUCAACGACAUCCCCUGCAUCUUACGGCGUGAGGAAGCUGGUCUGGACUGCGAAUACAGGUAUACAUACAACGCAGCAGAGCAAGCUAUGAUCUCCAUGGAAAUCGUGAUCAGGUCAAAAGAGUGCUUUCAACCGACAACCGCGAAAAUUUUAACAAGCGCCCUUAUAACUAUGGCAUGUGUCAUCCUCGGCGGAGUCAUCAUCAUCUUGGCGGUUAAGAGUGCCCAGAUAGUAUCAGAUAGAAGGGCGUACGCGAAGUUCCUGCAAGAAGCUCAAGAGAGUAGAAAGAAUAUGCAAGAGCUGAACCCGUUGUACAUUUCGCCAAUAUCUCAGUUUACGUUGCCGGAGUCAUUUCCACGAGAUAAAUGA